AUGGAUGGCACCACGGGCAAGUCUGCCAAGAAGUACCUCAAGGCGUUCUCCUCAAAGAAGAACAAGCAGAAGCAGGAGGCCAAGCAGCAGCAGCCACAGGAGGAGGCUGGCUUCCAAGCCCGCCAUCAAGGCCUUCUCGACGGCGGCGACGACGCAAAGGCACGGCCCGCACAAGGCCAACAGUCGUUGCAACAGCAGGAUGCAAGCAAAGGCUCGCACAAGAAGCUGUCAGAGCGGUCUGUCAUCUCCAUCUGCGUGAAGCAGGGUCGCAACCUCCCCGGCACCGCACAGUCCGCCCCCUUUGUAACCCUCGAAUACCACGGCCAGCAGGUCCGCUGCCGCAGCGGGGAGUCGUGCAACCCCGUGUGGGAUCAGACCUUUGAGCUUGAUGUCACGCGCAAGGACAUGCCCGUGUAUGUGUGGGUGUACGACGCGGCCGUCUCCGCAGACAACACCAUCAUUGGCGGUGGCGAGUUUAUGUUCCACUUUGAGCCUGACACGAAGCAGGAGGUCUGGGUCCCUCUCACCGCCUCCAUGUCCGCCAACACAGCCGACGACCACGGUGCGAUCCUGAUCACGUACACAUAUGAGCGGCGCCUCACCACCAAGAGCCUCUCCAUGGACGACUUUGAAAUCCUGCGCGUCAUUGGCAAGGGCAGCUUUGGAAAGGUGAUGGUCGUGCGGAAGAAGGACACGAAGCGCGUGUAUGCGCUGAAGAAACUCAACAAAGCGCAUCUCAAGGAGCGCGGAGAGAUUGAGCACACGAUGUCUGAGCGGAAGAUUCUUGAGAUCCACAACUCGCCGUUCCUCGUCUCCCUCAAGUUCUCGUUCCAGACGCCAGAGAAGGUGUACUUUGUGCUGGACUAUGUGAGUGGAGGCGAGCUGUUUGUGCAUCUGCAGAAGGAGGGCUCCUUCUCCGAGGACCGCUCCCGCUUCUACGUCGGCAUGCUCAUCCUCGCGCUGGAUCAUUUGCACUCGCACCGCAUCAUCUACCGCGACCUCAAGCCAGAGAACAUCCUCAUCGACAUGAACGGAUACCUCAAGCUGACGGACUUUGGGCUGUGCAAGGAGGACGUGGGCCAGUUUGACAAGACCAACACGUUUUGCGGCACACCCGAGUACAUGGCACCAGAGAUUCUUCAACAAAAGGGGUAUGGAAUGGAGGUUGACUGGUGGACGAUUGGGACGCUGCUGUAUGAGAUGAUGGCGGGGCUGCCGCCGUUUUACGACGACGAUACGCAGGAGAUGUACCGCAACAUCCUCUUCAAGCAGCUCGACUUCCCCGCAGAGAUCAGACCAGUGGGUCGUGAUUUGAUCGCUGGGCUGCUGCAGCGCAACCCGAACCGCCGGCUGGGACACCUGAGCGUCAAGGAGAUCACCACACACCCGUUCUUUGCCCCGCUCAACUGGGAUGAUCUGUACCACAAGCGCAUCCCCGCGCCGUGGACGCCCAAGCUCAAAGACCCGCUGGACACGAGCAACUUUGACGAGGACUUUACGUCGCUUCCCGCCGUCGACACGCCCGUUGAAGACAGCGGGCUCUCCCAAAGCGUUCAGCGCAAGUUUGAAGGGUUCUCCUUUGUCGAUGAGAAUGAGCUGGCUGCUUCCCCUGUCUCGUGA